CGUUCUGCGCUGGGUUUGCAAGCAGCAAGCUGACAACAUAACCUGUCUGUCUCCUGCUUCACGCUAUCAGCGUAAAGUAGUUCAAAACUUCGUCGGCAACAUCGUUCAUGCAGUGAGCACUCAUCAGUAAAAGAGGCCUGUUUCUUCUCACCGCCCGGCUGUAAACUCAAGGAGAGAGAGCGAAGAAAUGAGGAGCGGAGCACCAUCGUGGGAAAGGGAAAGCCAUUGAGCGCUUGGAGCGACAUAGAAAAACAAACAUAGCACAGUAGAAGAAGGGGGGCGUGGGAUGCGGGUUUCAAAACACACGAAGGAGAAUAUGUUCUCUUUGACCUCGUGGGGUGCACCCACUCAACUCAUCUGCGCCUGUGUUGCGCUGAGAAGAUCACGCUGCGCCCUGAAAGACUAUCAUGGCAUCAAACACUGAAGGUGGACACACAAGUGGUUAUGACGGACAAGAAGCUGCAAAGCCCUACAAAUGCUUGACCUGUGGGGUCCGCUUUAAAGAUGCCGGUCAGCGUUUAGUCCAUAACUUCAGCUGCCCUAACGAAGCGCAUACAAAGAAGACGCGCAUUAAGUGCAACGAAACCAGUACUCAAGAUGCUUCAGACGCCGGAUUACCGGGCCUUCCCAGCGAAUGCAUCGUGUGCGGACAAACGUUCCAACCAUGGCCUUCACUCCACAAGCACAUGAUGUCGCAUGAUCCCGCACCAGCGGACCCAACCUUCUUCGAGAACUGUCGCUUGAUUGACAGAACCAUCCAGUGCAUGAUCUGCGGUGUCGUCCAGGGAGAUAGGAGUUCCCUCCGCCGUCACUUCGCGACUCAUCACUCCAAUGAGCGCCCAUUCAUCUGCCCAAAGUGUCCGGCCAGCUUUAAGACAUCCGAUCGCUUCAUUGUUCACUUCAAGCGAUCACACACAUCGCUAGCGCAGGUCCAUCGGUGUGGCCUGUGCGGUUUCACUACAGUGGACAAAAACACGAUUCGCAGACAUAGGUUGAGACACGACGGUAUUGUUGAAAAGGAACGAUGCGAAGUGUGUUUCCAGAUGAUCCGGAAGGAGGGACUCAGGUACCACUACUUCGUCCACACGGGUGAGAAACCGCACGUUUGCCGCCUCUGCGGCAAAGGAUACCAUACCAGAACAGAUCUGAAACGACAUAUCGCUUCCAUACACUUGGGCAUCAAACCCAAGUACGAAUACAGAGAUUGUCAAGUGUGUGGUGUGAAGCUACUUUUAGCGAGCUUAGAGUCGCACAUGCGACGUCACACCGACGAACCUACGAACAUCUGCUGCAUCUGUGGGAAGCACUUUUACAGCCUCAAGAGGUACAACAUACAUAUGGAGAGAAUGCACGUCCGCAUCAAAGAGAGGAAAUGCCCGGUCUGCCAGAAGGCAUUCUAUGGUCUCUCGGAGGUGUCUCAACACAUGCAGGUGCACCUGGACGAGAAGCGGUUCAAGUGUGAAGUGUGCGGGAAGGCGUUCAAGUGGAAGCAUAAGAUCCGGGACCACAUGAAGACGCACAGCGAGGAACGGCCCUUUAAGUGCGAGCUCUGCGGAGAAGCGUUUAAGUGGAAACAUAAUCUCGCCAACCACGCGCGAGCCAAACACAAGUGAACGUAGCUUUUUUUUUUAGGAGGGUGUGUGAUUUUAGUCUAGCUAUGUAUGCAUGUUGUUCCAUUCACUAUUUACGAAGAAAGGUAACACAUUGAAAUACACGGAUUUAUGCCAUAACAUAACAUAAGGAUUGGCCACCACACCGUGGUGGGUGUCACUAGUGUGCGACUCGCUUUGCCUGCAGAUAUGACUGUGUCAAGUGUGUAUAUCAGAUGGCUUGCAUUCCCAUUUUAUGUUAUAUGUUAUUAUGUAUCCCAGUAUCAUCUGCAGUUGUGCAUGUAGUUUUGAACAACUGCUUCCCAAAUCAUGGUAAGUGUGCAGAGCAAUGAAUUUGCAGUCAAUAAAUGAACUCCAACCGA